AUUUUUUGAAGUUAUAAUUAUUUUUUAGAAGGAAUUUUAGAAGGAGUUCAUUUAUAAAACACUAUUGAUCCAGAUAAACAGUCUUUAGAUCUGGAGAAGUCCUUCAGAUACAUAGGUCUUAUAUUUGUAUUUAAAAAAUAUGUUAAAUCUAGAUAUUGACUGUUUAAUUCUAACAAUGUACGUAUUAAAAAACUGUCACUUCAUCAUACAUAAAAAUAUUGAAACAUUUGUAUUCAUCAUUUGUAGUCAGUCACACCUAUUUCGUAUUAAAUUUAAAAAAAAAAUAUGUGGAUCAUAAACAUCUAAACUGAAGACUUUUCCCCGCCAUAAAAAUCAUGGUGCCUUCUGCCAUUCCCGAUUCCAGCCAUGGAAAAGAUUCACCAUCAUCAUCCAAGCCUCCAGUUCCGGUGCUGAAUCCAACGAGCAGGAAUCAGAAGCGCCGGCAGAGAAGGAAGCAACGCCUGCAAGACGUGCAACAUUCGCUGUACACCCAGCGCUUCUCCAACUAUCGGUUGCCCGUGGCCGCGGCGGUGGCCUCGUAUUCGGAAGAACAGCUCCUACGGCUGGACAGCUACCAGUCGUUCACAGCUCCGCCCAGCGACCGUGCCGGACGCAGUCCCCUCUUUGUAGUCUCGCCCAGCAACUCGCCCUGGGCACGACUGCAUAUGGUGGCCUGUCCAUGCAGUGGAUGUCGCUGUUCUCUGCAUAUAUCUUCCCUGCUAGGCCACUAUUUGAACGAUCAUCUGCCGAGUAUGGGGAUUCCCCCGGUCGAGCUGAGGAUAGGCAGACGUGUCUCACUGAGCUGCCACUUCAGCAGCCUCGAGAGCAAUGUUAACACACUGCUGGGAGUAUUUGUGUAUCGUCGGCAUGGCCUUAACCCACUCAAGUGCCAACGGAAUACUCACCUGCCAACAAAAUACCGCCACUAUUCGCAGCACGACGCACUUAUGGUGUUCGCCUGCCGCACCCAACACUCGAUGCUGUGGCAGCAGCGCAAGACCAAGAACGAUGUCCUGGCCAUCUGGGUCAGCACUCCUCUGCAAAAAGCGACCAUCUCGUUGCGCCUAACAGUGCAUGCGGACAAAUCAUCCAGCUUCUACUCCAAGGAACUGAAGGCCCGCCCCAUACAUCCGGAUAGUCGGCCGUGCAAGGAUUUCAUUCGGACCGACAACAAUGUCAUCUUGAUCAGCUUCGAUGAUCUACGCGGAUUGAUGGACCUGGAUGUGUGGCAGCAGAUGCUAAUGGUGGAUAUGAAGGUACUUGGCGAGGAAAAGUUUUAAAAAUUCCAAUAAAAAGAAGAGUGUGUUGAAUA